AUAACCCAAAAAAUAAUUGAUUUGAGGAACACAGAACAAAAAGUUUAAUUAAGAAUAAAUGGAUGGAACACAGCAAAAAUUUUACCUAGUCGAGAAUAUUUUAGGCACGAAGAUUAAACAUGGAAAGAAAUACUUCCUGAUAAAGUGGAUGGGCUACAGUGCUAGAGAUAAUUCAUGGGAACCUGAAGAAAAUAUCAAUCCGGAGUUGGUUCGCUAUUAUGACAACUUAUCAGAUUCAAGUGACGAUUGUGAUUAUAAGAAUUAUAGACCAAAUACAAAGAAAUUUAAGGCUAGAAAAACCAAAAGAAAGAGUACAGCAAAAGGCAAAACAGUAGAAGUCAAACAAGAAAGCGUAGAAGUUGCAGAAAAUCCAUUAAAUACUAAUUCAUCAAAUGCUACUAAAGUUCCCGCUGAAAUAAAUGAUUCUUCGUCUGACGAUUAUGAUGAUCCUGCAGAUGCGUACAAAAAUGAUCCACUAAACGGUUAUUAUGAAACAACGAAUUAUGAAGAACCAAAAAGUGACUGCCUAGAUGACAUUCAACCCAGUACAUCACGUGAUUAUCAAGAAGCAUCCUUAUCACAAGCAACUACUGAAAGAGCUCCACAAAUUCCGCAUUCACACUUUCAAGCCAUAAAGUCAUCUCCAAAGCGACGCGUCAAAUUUGUUCAGGGAUAUUCUCAAAUGCAGUUCGAGGACGAGAAGUUACGCAUGCUAGUACAAUAUGAGGGUCAGCAAGGGUUAAAAUUUGUUCUGCAUGAAGAAUUGCGUUACGAAAGUCCUCAAAAAUUGAUUGACUUUUAUGAGAAAUUAACUAAUUGGUCUGAUCGUGACAAAUUCAACCCAUAAUAAAUUGAGUUUAAGAAGGAAGUGACAAUAAGUUGGGUAAAACUUUUCUAUUUUAAUACCCUGUUUUUUCGUUAUAAGCUAGUAGCUUAGUAGAUUUAAAAAGUGGUUUUUUGGCUCACUAGUAGCUUAGUAAUGAGCAGUAGCUUAUAACGAAAAAACAGGAUACACAUUCCUAUUUUUAAAAUGUUCAUUUUAAUUUCUCAA